GUGGCGUGACCUCCCAACUUUUUGUGACCGUGUCAACAUGGGACCACGGUGGGGCAGGCGCGCAGGCGCGUCGCUGUGACUACAUCACACUGUUCACCGAUCUGUGCAUCGUUGUCUCAUCUCCCAACGAUUUCUUCCCAUCACCAACACCAUCACAGUCGGCAUAUCACGCUCGCUCUUCUUUCAUUCCCUUCACCAUAGCUCCACUAUCCCUCCAUCAGCCCCUUCGUAGCCACUAUGCGCGCCGCCGUCCUUGCCCUCCUCCCCGUGGCGAUGGCGUUUACGCCCAUCGUCAUCGACAUCGAGUUUGACACGCUCGCUAUUCCAGAUUUCGAGCCAGCAGUCGCGACACCCGCGACCCCCCUCACUCCGUUUCCCGCAUCCUCGUCUCCCGCGCUUCGCGAAGAGGACGAGCUCCAGAUCGAUUGGACAGGCGAGGGCGACACCUUUGACCCCGUCGCCUACCUCGACGCGCAGGACGCGUUGCCUUCACAUACGCGCCAGCGGGCAUACACCCAUCCCGCGGGGCGACUAGCCCCAGACGGGACACUCUCCGCCGCCGCCGGCGCAGUCAUCGACAUCCUCUAGCUCUCGCCUGGACAUUGGCUGAAACGCUGCUGAAACUUGGCCCUGGGCGGAGAUGAGAUCUGCAUCCCCGGCGCGUGCAUGCGUGCACACACCGCCGAUCCUACGUCGCAGGCGAGUUCGACCAACCGACGCGACUCCGUCUAUGGAGGGCAACCACCACCACUUGAAUAGACAGCAUUAAUCACCUCACUGUAUGUAUCACAAACACCACCAUUGGUUUCGA